GUAUGUAUCCACGACCAAGAAAUGUUGCUGUGUGCAAACUCAUCAGCUCAGCUCACUGCUUGCUUUGAUCCGUCUUCGAAAGCAACUUUGCCUUCCUGUUCGAACAUUGUAGUUGUCGUUGAGCGCAGGUUGUGUUUGCCCCGGCACAGCAGCUGUCAACAGGCGCACUUUCGUUCAGCAGAAUCGUGAAGUCUUCUUCGUCCAACAUCGGCACCAUGUCUUCCGUACAUAUUCGUUGCGGCAAUUGCAGCACUGUCUUGUCUGUUCCUCCGGGACACACUGGUGUCAUCAGCUGUGGUGCGUGCAAGACCAAUCUGCAGGUGUCGGCGUCAGCCGAUCCACCUAGCUACAAUGCUGCGCCAAGUGUGGCCAGCGCAGCCGCAGCAGGUCCACCUCCAACCACUACCAACAUCACAUCAACAACCACCCUCAUCACACGCGGUGGAUGCCCAAGCUGUGGUGGCCCAAUGGGGGCGCCUUCAUGGACGCUCGCCGCCUGGUGUUUCUGCUUCUUCUUCUUCCCGUUCAACUUCUGCGUGCCUGCCUGCAUGCCGCAGGAGGCAAGGUGCAGAGCCUGUGGGCACGUGGAAUGUUCUUAACCAGUAGAUCUACAUGUACCCUAGCUAGUAGCUACUAGCCAGUACACAGAUCAUGCCGAGUGUUCAGUAUGCAGGUAUAUGACUAGAUCGGUGCUACUUUUUUAUUGACUUUUUCUAUUUUGAGAACUUUCUUUCCUACUUUCCUACUACUUUCCUACAAAUUAAGAUGAAGAGCAGCUUAUUUAUAGCUUCAAAAAGAAACUUGUACUUGUACAUGUAUCAAAACAGCACGUGAGGUGUUUGUGUGCAUAUUUCGUCCAUGCUGUUGUUCCCUAACAUCAAGGCUGGCUUCACACUACAGGUACGUACAACUCCACGUUGACGAAUGCAACGCGGCGUGUGGAAAGGAGGAGAGCAAACGUCCCCCUUUUUUCAGUCUGGAAAUGGCAUUUUGUUAGUACGCGGCGUGGAGACUGGUAUGAAGGCGGCCCAGCCCUGCAUGUCUGUAGUACCUGAAACUAUUUUUUUAAAGAA